AUGCGGUUCUCUGCUGCUCUGACGGCUCCUUCCCUGGGUCCAGCUCUAGGUGGGUGCCUCGGCUCCAGCCAGGACGGGCGGUGUGCCGGGGCUCUGGGGGUGGAGGGGCGCAUCGACUGCCACCCCCAGCCGGGCGCUUCCCAGGAGGCCUGCGAGGCGCGGGGCUGCGCCUGGUGCCCCACCGAUGUGGCCAACGCUCCCUGGUGCUUCUUCCCUGAGGACAGUCCCUAUGGCUACUCCCUGGGUGGCAACACCGAGAAGACAGCCAAAGGCUGGAGGCAGUGGGCGGUGGUGGUGGGCGGCAGCGCGUGUUUCUGCCGCAGGGUAAUGCUGAACAAGCGCCAGGCCUUGUCCCUCUUCGGAAAUGACAUCUCCCCUGUUGUCCUGGAAGUGGAGUUCCAGACAAGGGACAGACUCCGGUUCAGGCUCUACGACCCCAACAGGCAGCGGUUUGAAGUCCCGCUCAAGAUCGACUCCCCAGGGGUUGCUGCCGAUGAGGCCAGCUACGACGUGGAGUUCACAGGUGACUCCUCACACUUCAGAAUCAAGAGGAAAAGCACCGGCACAGUGCUGUGGGACAGCCCCCUGGUUGAUCUGUUUUUCUCCAACCAGUAUCUUCAGAUCACAACUACUGUGCCAUCCACUUCGGUCUAUGGGUUUGGUGAACACGAGCACCCGUCCUUCAAACACAGCAUGGAUUUUGUAGCACCAACGUCAUUUGCCAACCUCUAUGGAGUUCAUCCUUUCUAUAUGUGUGUAGAAGCUGACUCCAAUGCCCAUGGUGUUCUCCUUCUGAACUCCAAUGCACAAGAUGUUUCUCUGAGUCCAAAUCCAUCCCUAACUUUCCGCACUAUUGGAGGGAUCCUUGACUUCUAUGUCUUCCUUGGACCGACUCCUGAAAACGUAAUUCAGCAAUACACAGAGGCCAUUGGGCGCCCACACAUGCCUGCCUACUGGUCUCUGGGAUUCCAUCUCUCCCGAUGGGGUUAUGGCAGCAUUGACGUUUUGAAGAAAACUGUUGAUCGCAUGCACUACUAUGAUAUCCCAUAUGAUGUCCAACAUUUUGAUAUUGACUACAUGGAACGUCGCCUGGACUUUACCUAUGAUAAAGUGAAUUAUGCAGGUCUGCCAGAGUUCCUCCAGCAGCUGAAGAAGGAAGGAAUGCACAAUGUCGUGAUUCUGGACCCUUUCAUAACUAAGGAUGAAGAACCAGGCACUUACAGGCCUUAUGAUCUUGGAGAGGAAAUGGGAGUCUGGGUGAACAACUCUGACGGUGUAACUCCUGCUGUUGGAAAGGUCUGGCCCCCCGGAGACUCAGUGUUUCCUGACUACACCAACCCCAGGACAGUUGAGUGGUGGACCCAGAUGUGUCUGGAGUUUAAGGAUGUCCUCGACUACGAUGGAAUCUGGAUUGAUAUGAACGAACCAUCCAAUUUCUUAAGAGGCCAGUAUCCUGGAUGUGCUGUUAAUGAUAUCAAUAACCCUCCUUACAUUCCUAGCAUUUCUGAUCGUUCCCUGGCGCAAAAGACGUUGUGUCCCGACUCCAAGACUUACCUUGGAGAGCAUUAUAACACCCACUCCCUCUUCGGCUGGUCGCAGACAGCACCAACUUUCCAUGUUGUCCAGCAGGCCACUGGAAAGCGAGCAUUUGUCUUGAGUCGGUCUACAUUUGUUGGGAGUGGGAAGCAUGGGGGUCACUGGCUGGGUGACAACUUCUCUCAGUGGAAGGACAUGCACCAGUCAAUCAUUGGAAUCCUGGAAUUCAACCUCUUUGGCAUCCCCUAUAUUGGUGCUGAUAUCUGUGGGUUUAACUAUAACACUACCUAUGAACUCUGCUUGCGCUGGAUGCAGCUUGGCUCUUUCUAUCCUUUUUCCAGAAACCACAAUGCAGAGGGAAAUAGCGAACAAGACCCAGCGGUGUUUGGUGAGGAGUUUGCCAAGAUAUCUCGCGCUACGCUUCAGAUCAGAUACUCACUGCUGCCGUACUUGUACACCUUGUUCUUCGAGUCUCACGUUCACGGAAACACGGUGGUGCGGUCACUGAUGCACGACCGCCUGAAUCCAUUUGGGCUCAUUAUUGCCCUGGAUGAACAAGGAGAAGCUUCUGGAUCUCUCUUCUGGGAUGACGGUGAUUCAAUUGAUACUAUUGAACAAGAGAACUACUUCUUGGCUAAAUAUACGUACAGCAAAGGAAACCUGAAGACAGAAAUACUUAAAAAUGGCUACCGAGGGGCUGACGUUCUGAAGUACAACAAAAUUACAAUUCUUGGCCUGAAACUGAGACCUCAUGCUGUUGCUCUGAACGGAAGAGCCGUCCAUGGAGACGCUUUCUCCUAUGAGCUGAGCGGGGUAAGAGCUGCGCUGAGCAACUGUGAAAAACCUUAG